GGGGGUGCCUUGCACAGGCUCCGGACACAAAACAGAAAUUCACGGGCAGAGGACUUCUCCCCCUUAGGCUCGCCUUCUCCCCGCCAGCCAGACACGGGAUUUUUCCACAGCACGCAAGAAGCCCCUUGCGUUUUAAACUUCCCCGAAUGUGCCGAACGCGAAACCCGGCCCCCUUGCUCGCCCUUUUGCCAAUCCCAGCUAGGAAAAGUUAGCAAUCAUGGCACUUGAGCUCUGCGAGAUUGGACUUUGGCUUUUAGAAGUGUGGAAUCGUGUUAUCGCACACACGCACACACAAAAAGGCGAAUGCUGCUUCCCUGCUCUUGGUGGAUGGAAAGGGGAGAAGUGCUAGAUCAGAGAGAGGAGGAAGAGACGUGCUUUCCCGUAAGAGUUUUCAGGCAAACGUACUUUCGCAAAUAAAUGUGCUGGAGGUUUGCGUCUCGUCCUGUUAGCGGAUCGAUUAAGGGGUGAAAAAGGAGGGAGGAUCGCCGGGCUCUGACCGAUGUCCCGCUGGAAAGGCCCUUUUGGUCCCUUCGGGCCGGGGCAGAGGGGGAUGGGCUGAAGGUCAGGCAAUUUGCAGAAUAUGCGUAAAAUAAGGGGAGGUUUUCCAGCGACUGGCUUUGUGAAGCUGAGUGGGUGCUUAUGGCAAGGCGAGAGGGGAGUAAUGUGCCUUUUGCCCGUCUGUCCCGGAGGUGUUGUCUCCAACCGUCUGCAGGGCUCCUGGCAUUAGCCGGGAGGGGGAACAAGGCUUCUUUAGCAUCUGUCGGGGGAGGGCAGGGGGGAAGAGUUAAAAGGAAACAUGGGUUUGACGUUCCUGAUAAGGCGGCCUCAGCAGCCCCCUCCCACCCCAGAGGAUGUCUCCUGGUUAUCUCCAAGUUGUCUGCACUUGCGGGACUGCCGGCGGCUCCCGCGGGCAAGGGGCUGCCGCCUCCCACCUGCCGCGCCGGGAUGGAGCCGGGAGCUGGGCAGGGAGCUCAGCGCGGAGCCUUCUCCUCCGCCCCCCACCUUGGCGUCUGAGCCGGUGUCGUCUUAAGCGCCUGCAGGUAUAAUUGAAGACAUUGUGUGGUCCUUGUAAGAAGCUUGGUUCCUGCUUGGGUUUUAAUUGUAAAAUAUUGUUCUGGAUUUUUGUCUAGGAAUUCAGAUGUGUUCUAAGCCUGCCGGGGUGAGCACGCUUCUGGGAACUGAUGGAGACAAGAGCUCAGCACAGCAGCGGGUCACAGGCCUUGCAACAGGCUCGGCGUGACAGUGGGAGACCACACGGGGAGCCCGACCAGCGGGAUGUCCUGAUGCAGCAGGUUCACGUCUUGUCGUUGGACCAGAUCAGAGCCAUCCGAAACACAAAUGAGUACACAGAGGGACCUACAGUGGCUCCACGGCCAGGGAUCAAGUCCACUCCUCGGCUAGCAACCCAACCCAAAAAUGAAAGGCCCCAUGGCUUGCCCGAGCAUCGCCAUUUUAGCCGGAUUCAGCACACACAAAUACAUGCCUCUCCUCGAGCGCCUCUGUCUCGUUCUGUCAGCACAGUCAGCACAGGUUCACGGAGCAGUACAAGGACAAGUACGAGCAGUAAUUCAUCCGAACAAAGACUUCUCGGGUCAUCUCCAGGGCCAGCUGCUGAUGGGAUAGUCCGAAUGCAGCCCAAGUCUGAGUUCAAGUCAAGUGAGCUGAAGCCGCUGAGCAAAGAAGACUUGGGAGCACACAGCUACAGGUGUGAGGACUGUGGAAAGUGUAAGUGUAAGGAGUGCACUUAUCCAAGGACCCUCCCAUCAUGUUGGAUCUGUGACAAGCAGUGUCUUUGCUCAGCCCAGAACGUGGUUGAUUAUGGGACUUGCGUUUGCUGUGUGAAGGGCCUCUUCUAUCACUGCUCUAAUGAUGAUGAGGACAACUGUGCUGACAACCCCUGCUCCUGCAGUCAGUCACAUUGCUGCACUAGAUGGUCCGCCAUGGGUGUGGUGUCCCUCUUUCUGCCUUGCUUGUGGUGUUACCUACCAGCCAAGGGUUGCCUUAAGUUGUGCCAGGGCUGUUAUGACCGGGUAAAUCGGCCGGGGUGCCGCUGUAAACGCUCCAACACCGUUUGCUGCAAAGUUCCCAGCGUCCCCCCCAGGAACUUUGAAAAGCCAACAUAGCAUCACUAGUCAGAAAUACUAAAGUGACAAGGAUUAUUUUAAAGUACAUAUGCAACCAACUAAGCAGCUAUGGUCUUGGCACUGUAGUAGAAGGGCUGGGGAAUCUACUUUGCUGUUUGCAGUGAAAUGCUUGCCUCUGUGUGCCAUCUUAACUGAUACGCUUGUUAGAAUCCAGCUAGUGGCAUACAGAAAAAAGAAAAAAAAAGGGAUGCAGUACAUUGUGACCCACAUAUUGCAUAAGCUAAAGCAACACAGACACUCCUAGGCAACUCUAUUGUUUGUGAAUAGUACUUGCAAAAUUUGUAAAUUGGCAAAUGACUCCUUUUUUUCAUUGUUUUCUGCCAGAGAUAAUGUGCUAUAUUUUUGUAUAUACAAUAAUAUUUUCAACUGUGAAAAAUAAGUGGUGUCAUAAGACAUGGCACAGUCACAAAAUAUUAUACUAAUAUGUUGUACAUUCGGAAGAAUGUGAAUCAAUCAGUAUGUUUUUAGAUUGUAUUUUGUCUUACAGAAACCUUCUAUUACAAGACUCUGAUUUCCCUUUGGACUUCAUGUAUAUUGUACAGUUACAGUAAAAUUCAGCCUUUAUUUUCUAAUUUUUUCAACAUAUUGUUUAGUGUAAAGAAUAUUUAUUUGAAGUUUUAUUAUUUUAUAAAAAGAAAUAUUUAUUUUAAGAGGCAUCUUACAAAUGUCACCCCUUUUUAUGAGGACGUCAUAGUUGCUGCAAAUAAGGGGUGAACGAUGCAUAUGUUCACUAUAAAAUAGAAAAUAUAUUAACGUUUGAAAUUAAA